CCAACGAGCAGAUAACUUUUUUAUGAAAGGGCUGUAUGACAUGUAUGACGCCACGCCGGGUAGUAGAAGAGGGAGACGGACUGAACACAAGCAUGCAAAUUCGGGAGAAAAGCGUGACGAGGAGAACGUGCCAAAGCUUGAUGAGAACUCUAAUGUCUUCAAGGCAUUCAAGCAGUAUCAAAGUGAGUUAGACGGAAGGCAUGACAAAUAUGAAAGACUUGUCAAACUCAGCAGGGACGUUACUAUCGACAGCAAGAGAACGAUUUUCUUGCUACACAGAUCUACAGGGAGUGAAUCAAAAGCCCAUAUAAUGGAGGAGGCAGAGGAUAAAUUGAGACAGAUACAGUUGACCAAGUUCAAACCAAUUGCUGCUGAAUUGCAAAAUGAAGAUGUCCAUCAAUUUCUGAGAGCAAUCUCCCCAGGUCUUCAAGAAUACAUUGAAGCAGUUUCUUUUUUCCAUUAUCUCAGGGAUGGAACUUUAGUCAGUUUGGAACAAGUGCAAAAAGACUUAGUCUUUGACUUGAAUGCAAAUCUUACAAAUCCAGAAUCAACAAGAUCAGGAUCACCUUCUGCUGAGAACACAAGCACUGAAAACACCGUGAAGUUAGCUGAAGUGUAUGUGAGCCCCAUGGAUUAUGUGUUAGGUAUUGCUGACCUGACGGGAGAACUUAUGCGAAUGGCUAUAAACAGUGUAGGCACUGGAGACCUGGAGCUCCCUUUUACUCUCUGCAGCUUCAUGCGUGUGAUCCACGAUGCAUUUCUAUCGUUUGGAAACGUUGCCCGUGAACUGCCAAGGAAGCUGGCGGUACUGAAGCAGAGUCUGCAGAAGGUGGAGUCUGCGUGUUACACUGUCCAAGUCAGGGGGUCAGAAAUACCCCAACACAUGCUGGUGGAUGUCAUAAGUUUCACAAAAAAUAUUCACAAUGACUUUGAUGAUGCAACAGAAUUGUGCCCAGAAAAUUAGCCUUUUUUCAUUGAAAUAGUUAUUCCUUUAACAUACAUAUCAGGUUCUAUAUGUUUAGUUUGGGACUGUGAAAGGCAUUGUUGAAGAGCAAGAUGAAUAAACGAGUUUAUUCAUUGUUGUCUUUCUAGUGCUAGAAUGUCUGCUUAAUAUAGUGAUGACAGCUUACACAUUCGUUUCACAUAUUUUCCCUGCUGGCAAAAAACUAUGCAGCAGUUGAAUAUAAUUUUCUCUGAAUAUUGGGCUUGUUUUCCUUCAGGUAGAAAUUCUUUG